AUGGAGAGACUCUCUUUGAACGAUCCUCCCGCAGGCGCUCAGCGUGGGAAUACACCGCAGUCAUUCUCUCAGCAGAAUAACAUGCUGGGACCCUCUGCACCGAUGACACAGGGACCCCCACAAUUACCCCCGCAGAUGUUCACUACAGCCGCUCAGUUGCUGGACUUGACAGAUAAGAAAUUGGUUUUAGUGCUGCGAGAUGGGAGAAAACUGAUCGGCGUGCUCAGAAGUUGGGAUCAAUUCGCGAACCUUGUCCUCCAAGAUACCAUUGAACGACUUUAUGCCGGAAAUCUCUACGCCGAUAUUCCGCGAGGCAUUUUCCUUGUCCGGGGAGAGAACGUGUUGCUUCUGGGUGAAAUUGACCUCGACAAGGAAGACGAUAUUCCCCCUCAUCUCCAGAAAGCGCCCUUCCAAGAAGUGUUUGAAUUAAAGAAGAAGGAGGACAGCAAGCGGAAGAUCACGGACAAGAAGAGUCAUAACAGACUCCAAAGUCUCGGUUUCGAACCCGAGCACAGCGGGGAGAUCCUAUUUUAG